UCUUACAAUCAAAAGUUAACAAUUUGUUGUAUUCCGCUCAGUUAUUCAUUAUAUUUCAAGAGACUUUCAUAAUGAAGGUUGUAAUCACUGGCGCUGCUGGGUUCCUGGGGUCUCGCAUAGCAGACGAACUGCUCAAACCGGACUCUCCAAUACCCGUGAAGAAUUUAACCCUAGUUGAUGCUAUCCUUCCAAACAAACGCAAUGAUCCAAGAGUUAAAGUACUCGCUGUGGACAUAACAUCACCAGAAGCGGCUUCAAAUCUUAUAGAACCAGAUUGCGAUGUGUUCUUCCACCUUGCUGCCAUCGUCAGCGGUCAUGCCGAAGCAGACUUCGAUCUCGGAAUGGCAGUGAACUUCGACGCAACGAGAUCACUCCUCGAAGCGGCUCGGAAGAAAGUGCCGUCAUUAAAAUUUGUUUUCACCAGCUCCUGCGGCGUUUUUGGAGGAGAUCUACCUAAAACUGUGACUGACAUGACGGCCUGCCAACCCCAGACUUCUUACGGAACGCAGAAAGCGAUGUGCGAACUACUCAUCAACGAUUACUCAAGAAAGAAGUUUCUAGACGGCCGUUUCGUGAGACUACCGACAAUUUGUAUACGACCUGGUGCCGCUAACAAAGCGAUGACUUCUUUUGUCAGUGGCAUAGUAAGGGAGCCUCUGAAUGGUGAAGUCGCUAUUUGUCCUGUAGCUAGAAGUCAGAAAGUUUGGAUAUCAAGUCCAAGAAUGGUUGUGAAGAAUAUAAUACAUGCAGCUUUAGUUCCUGAAAGUUCUUUGGGUUUGUGGCGAGGAGUAAAUAUACCAGGCUUUUGCGUGUCUGUUGACGAGAUCUUAGCUGCUCUCAGGAAGGUAGCUGGUGAUAAAGUGGUGGCUCUAGUAAGAUUUGAGACAGAUGCGGAGAUAAGACGUAUGCUGGAAUCUCUUCCACUUGAUUUUGACAACUCACACGCCCUUAAACUUGGGUUCGAUGUAGACAAGGAUUUUGCUGACGUUAUCUAUUCUUAUAUACGCGAUGAUUUGAAGAGAUCUGUUUAAAAGUUAUUUACAUA